UCCCUGCGCCGCGGCCGCUGCCAGGCACCGGCGACUCCGCGCCGAGGUGCACUCACGCUCCGGGCUCCGGGCGCGCCGAGCCUCUCCGCCGCGCCGCCCGCCCCCCGCGUCCCCCGCGCCGCGCCCCCACUCGGGCGGGGGGGCAUGGGCCCCCGCCGCGUCCGCCGCCGCCGAUCGCAGGCGCCCCAGCCCCCGGGCGCGGCGGGCAGCGGCCGCUGACGCGGGGCGCCGGCUGCCAACUUCGCGCGCUGAGCUCCCGGCGGCGCGGGCGGCAUGAAGACGAGCCGCCGCGGCCGGGCGCUCGUGGCCGUGGCCCUGAACCUGCUGGCGCUGCUCUUCGCCACCACCGCCUUCCUCACCACGCACUGGUGCCAGGGCACGCAGCGGGUGCCCAAGCCGGGCUGCGGCCAGGGCGGGCGCGCCAACUGCCCCAACUCGGGCGCCAACGCCACGGCCAACGGCACCGCCGCCCCCGCCGCCGCGGGGAACGGCCCCCCCGGCGGCGAGCUCUACAGCUGGGAGACGGGCGACGACCGCUUCCUCUUCAGGAAUUUCCACACCGGCAUCUGGUACUCGUGCGAGGAGGAGCUCGGCGGGCGCGGUGAGACAUGCCGCAGCUUCAUCGACCUGGCCCCAGCGUCGGAGAAAGGGGUCCUGUGGCUGUCGGUGGUCUCCGAGGUGCUCUACAUCCUCCUGCUGGUGGUCGGCUUCAGCCUCAUGUGUCUCGAGCUCUUCCACUCCAGCAGCGUCAUCCACGGGCUCAAGCUCAAUGCCUUCGCGGCCGUGUUCACGGUGCUCUCAGGCCUCCUGGGAAUGGUCGCCCACAUGAUGUACACGCAGGUGUUCCAGGUCACCGUGAGCCUCGGCCCUGAGGACUGGAGGCCCCAUUCCUGGGACUACGGGUGGUCCUUCUGCCUGGCGUGGGGCUCCUUCACCUGCUGCAUGGCCGCCUCCGUGACCACGCUCAACUCCUACACCAAGACGGUCAUCGAGUUCCGCCACAAGCGCAAGGUGUUUGAGCAGGGCUACCGGGAGGAGCCGACCUUCAUAGAGCCCGAGGCCAUCAAGUACUUCCGAGAGAGGUCAGUGCUCGCGGGGCACCGGCACGACGAGGAGGACGACCUUCGCUUAGAUUGCCGCCACGAGAGAUACCCCGCCCCAGGACACCAGCCACACCUGGGCGAUUCCUGGCCGCGGAGCUCUGCACACGAGGCCGCGGAGCUGAGCCGCCAGUGCUGGGUCCUGGGGCACUGGGUGUGACUGAGACCAGCCGGCCCCAGACCCAGCCUCCGUCAGCACCAGCUCCGCCACCAGGCCGCGCGUCUGGCGCCACCGAAACCUGGCCUGUGCGCUCUGAACCCAGCCAGCCUGCACGGGAGACACCGGCCGGCCCUGCCCAUCGCUGCCCGGGUCUCAGGCCCGAGCAGAGGGGCCCGCGGGCCUGUGGAGUACACAGGGCUGCACAGAGCAACUUCGGGACAGCAACUUCGCACUCUUGCCACAUGCACAGCCCUGCUGGGUACAGCUGGGAGGCCAGGAAAAACCGGACAUCGGCCAUUGGAAGCCUGGGGUCCCCCGAGCCAGCUAGGAAGUUCAGGAGGUGGCCAGCGGCACAUGACCUUUCGGGGAGCAGGGCAUGGCACUGCAGGGGGCACACAGCAGGCACACAGCAGGGGCUGAAUAAAUGCUUGUUGAACCUGU